CCCUCGGCGCCGUUUCCAGCCGGCGGCGUUUGGCGGGCACACGGCGGGAGCUGCGAAGGGGAGGCGGCGGGAACGGCUCCGGGAUGUCGGUUAAGAGAGCAUUAAAUUUGGACACUGUUAAAAAAGAUAAUGCACCUGAGGAAACCCCCCUGAAGGCCAAAAGGAGCAGCCUGAAUUUCUACUCGCCCACCACGGGCACGUGCCAGCUGAGCCCCUGCUCCUCUCCCUGCAGUGCCCCAGCACAGGAUGGGAGCGAGCAGAGCGAAUCCGGGAGCGGCUUGUCCAGGAGAGGGCAGCCUCAAACAGAGCACGAUGUGUUCCUGCAACUGCACUCCCAAGUGAGAAAUUCCUUGCCCAGAAUUCUGAAACUAAGAGCAAAUCUGACAAGCCUGAAGGCUUUGGAGGGCAGUAGAGAGCUGGAAAACAUCCUCGGAGUCUCCCACUCCUGCUGUGACCUGAGUGCUGAACUGCAGAAAAACCAAGCGCUGGUGAGUCAAGCAGAAAAACUGCAGCUGUUGAAAGCAAACCAUGGAAAAGUCCCUGCCCGAGAGCACAUCCAGGCUGGGAGUGCUGCAUUCUUCACCUCAUUCCUGGAACGAAGGAAGGAGCCCCUGGGGCUGCUCCCGGCCACACCCAGCCCCAAGGCACAGCCAGAGUGAGCAGGACCAAGGCAUUAUGUGAAAAAUGCAUUCCACAUCAACCCAAACUUCUCCAUCUGCUGGACUGGACUUAAAAGGAGCGAAGAGCUGAGUGUAAACCAAUCUCCCCAGCAAAUCCCAGCUGGGGAGCGCUCGCUGUGCCGGGCAGGUGCACGUCCAGAUAACAUUUCUGGCAUCUAUUUCAACUUAACAAUGUGCACAAGCAGAUAAUCUCAAUGUAAAUAAUCCACCGCGGGUGCUGUGCAGCCCUGUGCCCUGGGGCUGCUGCUGUGUGCUCUGGGCUGGGGGGAGCUCUGCAGCCCCAGCAAUUCAUUACUCCCACCCUGGAUGGGUUUCAGUUGUUUGCAAACAUUUCCCUGGUGCUGCUGCCAUGGCUGGGGACAGAUCUGUCACCCACAGGAGGCUUCCUCUAAAGCCAAGCCCAGCCCCAGCCUCUGACCCAGCAUUAACACAGGGCUCUGGUAACGUUUGCUUUUAGGUCAACAUUUGAGUUUAGUUUUGACAUUUAAUGCUGUUUUAUAUAAGCCAACCUUUUUUAUAAACCAGCUGCUUUUCUCUUUCCUUCUCCUCAGCCUCACCCCUCCAGCCAAGCGAAUCCCCUGCCUCUCAAAUCCUUGCAAUUAGGCUGAAAAAGUGCAGAAAAACUAUUUAUUCUUAUUAAAGUCCAGCAUAGACACAAACACUUGAAUGUCCUUUCUACCACUGCAAAGUCCCAUCCUCGAAUAAACUGAUUUUUACAAGUAAAAUUCUGAGCACCAGCAUGAUAAAGGUGUUCAGGGUGUGGCUGAGCACGCACACACUCAAGUUUGGGAGUUUUCAAUUAAUAAAAACGAUUUUGCACUUUG